AUGACAACGAAUAUUUGUGAAAGCUUGAAUUCUAAGUUAAAGAUUGAUAGAGACUUACCGGUUGCAUCUUUGCUUGAGGCCAUUAGAGAGUUUCUUCAACGGUGGUUUUAUGAGAGAAGAAAAGCAGCCUCAUGUUUAAAGAGUGUUUUGAGUUCUUGGUCUGAAGGACUAAUAAGAAAGCUAGUUGAUGAAUCAAGAAGCUUCAUUGUGAAUCCUGUGAGUGAAGUUGAAUUUCAAGUAGUUGAUGGAGGCAAGAAUUUUUUAGUAAAGUUGAAUUGUAAUAGCUGCAGUUGCCUUUUUUGGGAUCUAGAAGAAAUUCCAUGGGCUCAUGCUCUUAUUGUGAUUUGUAGUCUUAAUUUGAAUCCUUAUGCGUUCGUUUCACAGUAUUACUAUGCUACUGUAUUGUCUGCAACUUAUGGUGGUUUAGUUCGUCCGAUUGGUAACCAUACUGAUUGGAGUGUUGUGGAGAUGAACGACAAUAUAUUGCCUCCAGUAUUUAGACGUCCAGCAGAAAGGCCUCGAAAAAGAAGGAUUCCUUCUAUUGGUGAAGUUUCAAAGAGCUCAAAAUGUAGUCGUUGUAAGAGAGCCGGUCAUAAUAUUAGAACUUGUACAUUUGAACCUAUUUGA